AUGAGUAAGAAUGGGUUUGGGAGCUAUGGCAGCAUUUCUGCCCCAGGUGGAGCCAGCGGAAGCAGUGACCCACUGUCUCAGGGCAGGGUAGCUCUUGCUACUAAGUCCAUGGGAUCCAGGGCCCAAAUCCAGGCUAUUGUUCCUUGUGUAAACCAACUGCUCACCUCCACUCUGGUUGAUAACAUCUUCAAGACUAGAGGAAUCAAGAUUUCCCAAGUUUCUGUUCUGGGAAUAAUAAGGCAGGCAGAGAAGACUGCAAGUUACUGCAAGAUUUGCGAUAGGACCAUUAAACCUAUCGAGGUCUGCCAGUGGGUUGGCAGAGAUAAAGCAAAGCAGGAGGUGACUCUGCUUCCAGUGGGAGUAUAUGCCAAAGUGUUUGGUAUCCUCAAAUGUUCUGUGGAGGUGAAGAGCCUUGAGAUGUUGAAAAUCCAUGUCCUCCAGGACAUGAAUGAGUACAGCACACACAUAAUCUAGAAACGGUCAAGGUACAUGAUGCUGGAUAACACCUGCCAAGCGGCCUCUGGGCAAAGUGGCCCUGUUGAUCCAUCAGAAAGGGGUGAGGCCCAGAAGCACGGCGAGCACCACCCCAGUUUCGUCCAGAAUGAGGUGCUGCAUUUGAUUCAUGAACAUCCUCCAUAGGAAGGCAAGAGCAUUCAUGAGCUCCAGACCAAGCUUUGUGACCUGAGCAUCUGGACCGUCAAGCAAGCCAUUGAUUAUCUGACCGUGGAGGGCCACAUCUACCCCACUGUGGAUGAAGAGCAUUUCAAAUCUGCUGAUUGAAGCACCGAAAACUUUUGUUUCAUUUUCUGAAGACCCUGCCUCCUGUUGUGACUGAGUUUGUGUGACUUUUAGGAAGUAGAUUUUUUUUUUUUAACAAAAGAUUGGAAGUGGCAUCCUUUGGAACCUUUGGAACCUCACUGCUUUUCCAGCUGCUUUAAAAUACAGCAGAAUAGGUAUAGCCCUAGCCCUAGCUGCUUUAGAAAAACUUAACUGUUUUUCUAACUAUAUUUGAAGCUUAGAAAGAGAUAAUGGCCAGUUGACUGGCCUUUUUGUAGGAUUUACCAACAAGCAGAUGAAAACACUCCUGGAUGGAUGAAUUUGGGGAAGCAAAGGUACAGAAAAAGUUGAAAAUUAUUAUUUUCUUGCGUGGGAGCUUCUUUUUCCAAAUAUUUUUCCAAAAUAUCUAAGUAUUAGGAGAAAAUAGAUGC